AUGACUGGCUCUGCGUCGGAGACUCACCACUGCCCCCACCCCAAAGGCGCCAAAGGCACCCGGUCCCGAAGCAGCCACGCGCGGCCAGUGAGCCUCGCCACCAGCGGGGGCUCGGAAGAGGAGGACAAAGACGGCGGGGUGCUAUUUCAUGUUAACAAGAGCGGCUUCCCCAUCGACAACCACACCUGGGAACGCAUGUGGAUGCACGUGGCCAAGGUUCACCCCAAGGGUGGAGAGAUGGUUGGCUCCAUUAGGAACGCCACCUUCUUGGCAAAGCCUUCAAUACCCCAAGUCCCAAACUACAGGCUAUCGAUGACGAUCCCAGACUGGCUCCAGGCGAUCCAGAAUUACAUGAAGACACUACAAUACAAUCAUACAGGGACCCAGUUCUUUGAAAUUAGGAAAAUGAGACCGCUGAGUGGGUUAAUGGAAACAGCAAAAGAAAUGACCCGAGAGUCUUUGCCUAUCAAAUGCCUUGAAGCUGUCAUCCUGGGCAUAUACUUAACCAAUGGGCAGCCUUCCAUUGAGCGAUUCCCCAUCAGCUUUAAAACCUACUUCUCAGGAAAUUACUUUCACCAUGUUGUGCUGGGGAUUUACUGCAAUGGCCGCUAUGGCUCCCUGGGCAUGAGCCGAAGGGCUGAGCUGAUGGACAAGCCAUUGACCUUUCGGACUCUGAGUGACCUCAUCUUUGACUUUGAAGACUCCUACAAGAAAUACCUGCACACAGUCAAGAAGGUCAAGAUUGGGCUGUACGUCCCCCAUGAGCCUCACAGUUUCCAGCCCAUUGAGUGGAAGCAGCUGGUCCUCAAUGUUUCCAAGAUGUUGAGGGCUGACAUAAGGAAGGAACUGGAGAAAUACGCCAGGGAUAUGAGAAUGAAGAUCCUGAAACCUGCAAGUGCCCAGUCUCCUACCCAGGUGAGAAGCAGGGGAAAAUCCCUGUCUCCCCGAAGGAGACAGGCAAGCCCCACAAGACGGCUUGGCAGACGAGACAAAUCGCCUGCACUGCCUGAGAAGAAGGUGGCUGACCUCAGCACUCUGAAUGAAGUGGGCUAUCAAAUCCGAAUUUAGCUCAGCUAUAGUGGCCAGUAAGAGAGCUUCUGCAGUGCUUCUUUCUGCACUUUACCCAGUGUCUUCAGGAGGAACGGCGACUAUUUAUUAGGAAUGUGUGGAUUUUAUUUUUCAGGAUUCACCUGGAAAUAGAACCUGAGGGGGUGGAAACAAUGAACCUUACAAAAUUCAUGAAGGGCAACCAUGAAAGUGAAGUAACAAACCCAAUUGGGGCUAGACUGUCCCCUUGCUCGAGAUUUCAAGGACAGCAGCAACCAUGACUGUAGUUUUGUAUUGCUGAAUUUUUGCAUACUUUCUUUUCCUUACUUUGAAAAUUAUGCCUCACCAGUAGCCAGUGUUCAUGA